CCCCCCUGCUAGCCCAUGGCUUUAGAUUUUUACUAUUUCUUUAACUGAUCCUAAAUGCACACAUUUACCCAAUGCACGGUUCUAAUCCCAUGGAAUAAUUUACACCAUGAAUGCCAGAGUCCCUUGGACGGUGCCUUUAUAAGGGCCAGCGUUCCCCUCAGACCACAGUCCUCCUCUUCUCCUACCAGACCAACACGUCCAACUUUAAGCUGAACUCAUUUUUAAGACUUUUGUCAGGAAUUCAUCGAUGGCAUCUAAAAUGAAGGACAGGAAGAGAACCCCGAUCUCUCACAAAGUUAUAGAGAAAAGAAGACGGGAUCGCAUCAAUCGCUGCCUAAACGAGCUUGGAAAAACGGUACCAAUGGCACUGGCUAAACAGAACUCUGGAAAACUGGAGAAAGCUGAAAUAUUGGAGAUGACUGUUCAGUACCUACGAGCGCUCCACUCGGCGGAUUUUCCUCGUGGUAGAGAAAAGGGUGAACUACUUGCUGAAUUCGCAAACUACUUCCACUACGGAUACCACGAGUGUAUGAAGAACCUGGUGCACUACCUGACCACAGAGGACAGAGCUGAAACCAAAGACAUCAAGUACGCACGGAUCCUCGCCUUCUUACAGUCAAAGUCUCGUGUGGUCACCGAGCCCGUGUUCGGAUCUGUCGGCUCGAUGCCGGAACCGUCCGACUACCUCAGUCAGCUGCAUUCGUCCCCGGAGCACCAAAGCCACAGCCCCUCCGACUCCGUGUACCAGCAGAGUCCACCGGGACACUUUUCAUGGCACAGCUCGACCCGCAGCCCGGGCAUCUCGUACCCGACAGUGCCGCUCUCUGCGCACACACAGCAGCACGGUGGAUACUUGUCACCAGUGCAGGGACUCGAUCACCACUAUUUCAACUUCCUCGGUCACACGCACGCAAACACGUUCAGUUUGCACAGCGCGCAACACGCCAUGUAAAUAACUUUGCCUCGUUUUGUCGUUGUUUAAUUUAUACAGUUAGAUUAUGUACAUGCUGUGAAUAAACUAUCCCUAUUUCUGACUAAAAA